UUGUUAUGUGUUAUUUAUGUGUAUAUGUUAUGGUUGUUAGCUAGGUAUGUGUUAUUUAUCCUCCUUAAUCCUUCUAACUCCUUCGAUGUUCGCUUUAAAAAUUUGCAGGUAUUUUGGGUCAAUAGGUCUUUUGGGGGUGGAAUCAUUUAGGUAAACAUUUUAACUCUUUCUAAUGUAAACUGCUUAGAUUAGUCUCCCCUCUUCUAAAAUUAUCCCGACUAACGAGUAGAUUUAAAAAAAUAUUUUAAUUUUGAUUUAUAAUUUUUCUUCUUUUUUUAAUUCUAAAAUAUGUAUAUUUAAAAUAAUUUUUUUUAAUUAAAAAAAUUAUUUAAAUAUUUAGUUAAUGUUGGCAAGAUUGUUAGCGACAAAAUACAAGAUGUAUUUUUUAAUUUGGGGAAACAAGGUUGUUUAUGAAGAUUUUAUUGUUAUUAAUGUACCUAAACAAACUUUGGAAGAAAAUGAGUUUAAUGAAUAUAAAAAUACUUUAUCUGAAAAUGAAAAAAGAAAUUUGAAAUUUUGCGAGAAUGAUUUUAAUAAAUUUGUUGGAAUAUAUAAAGGUGUUAUUUAA